AUGGCGGGAAAAAUGACUUUGUACAAAUUGGUGGUGCUCGGAGAUGGCGGUGUCGGCAAGACUGCCCUCACGAUUCAGCUCUGUCUUAACCACUUCGUCGAAACCUACGACCCGACAAUUGAGGAUUCAUACCGCAAACAAGUCCAGAUCGACGGCCAAUCAUGCAUGCUCGAGGUGCUGGACACGGCGGGCCAGGAAGAAUAUGUGUCGCUGAGAGAUCAGUGGAUCCGAGACGGUGAAGGCUUCGUUCUGGUAUACAGCAUAUCCUCGCGCGCCUCGUUCCAACGCAUCAAGAAGUUCUACAGUCAGAUCCAACGCGUCAAGGAGUCUGCACAAGCCGGUUCGCCCACCUACCCCGGCUCGCCCAGCCUGUCAGCCCCGUCGUCUUCCGGUCCCGCCCCUGUCAUGCUCGUCGGAAACAAGUGCGAUCGUGUUACUGAGCGCGAGGUUUCUACUCAAGAAGGCGCCGCCCUCGCUCGCGAAUUGGGCUGCGAGUUCGUCGAGGCAUCAGCUAAGAACUGCGUCAACGUCGAGAAGGCCUUCUAUGAUGUCGUCCGCCAAUUGCGCCGUCAAAGACACAACUCCUCUGGUGGCAGAAGCGGCGACCGCAAGAAGGACUCUGGCCGCUCGCACACCGGCGACAGUCGUGGCACCGUCAAGAAGUCAAAACGCUCUGGUGGAAAGUGUGUCAUCCUUUGA